AUGCGACUUCCUUUGCCGCCGCCCUUUGCGGGCGAUGCCGCUGACGGCAGGAAGCAAGGAGCGGCCGUAGCAGCCGGUCGUCGCGUAAACGCCGCCGGUUGUAGCGCAGCUCGUAAGCGUACCAUCACGGCUUCUGACUCGCCCCAUUCGCAGCAUUCGCUACAGCCGCUACAGCUGCCGGCAUGGCUACAGGACCUGCUGCAGCAGCAAGAGCGACUACUAGCGAGAAUCCAGGGCGACCCGCUUGGUUCCUAUUCCAUGUCUGCCGCGCCGUCCUCUUCUCCUUCCCCUUCGUCUUCCUCCCCUUCAGACGCCGGUCCUCCCGCCACCACUGCGGGUUCCCUCGCCACCGCAACGCAUCAGCACCUGCCAUUUGCUAAAAUGCUUCGACCGCCGCGCUUCUCCAAUCCCUUCGCCGCUCUCCCUAUCCCCGGAGGCUCGUCGUCCGCCGUCUCCGCUGCUUCCCCCGCCUCCGCUUCCGCCUCCCCCCCCUCUGCCUCUCAAGGGGAAGCCGCGCCGCCGUCCGCCGCAGCGCCAGAACCGGCGCCUUCCGCGGCGGGCUCCAAGGCGCUGAUCCUGCUGCCGCGCCAACGCCUUCUCUUAGUUCCCGCCGCCGACUCGACCCCGGCUACUACCGCUGACGUCAUCACUGUCGUCGAGGCAGGUUCGCUGAAGGACCCUAGAGUGGAGCCUAUUCCAGGUCCGGACUCCGGCUCGGGUCCUUCCGCCGUGAUUCCCGGCCCGAGCGUCGUAACCUGGUCGAAGCUCGCUGGGUGGCGAGUCGAGCUCCCGCCGAAUCUACCGGACCUGACGAAGCUUCGUCCGGACAUCGAGAAGCUUCGCCCGGCGCUGGAGGCGCGUGUGCAGCACACGCUGUCGCACGUGCCGUUUCGGGAGCUUCUGGAGGAGAUCCAGCAAUGGAGCAAGGCGCGCGGGGUGAUCGGCGGGUGGGCGGAGGGGGGCGCGCGCGGAUCGCGGCGGUACCCCAACAAGCAGAAGCUGUCGUCCGUGCAAGACUUUUUCCAAUACGCGGAGGCGGAAGGCCAGCGACUCUUUUCCGAGUUGGACAAGGACGGGGACGGGCAAGUCAAAUUGGAGGACCUGGAGAGGGCGUUGAAACGCCGGAGGCUGCCAGCGGCACACGCACGCCCGCUGCUCCGACGCCUCAGGCGCCACUGGCUGGCCUCGUCGUUCGGGUGGGAGGAGUUCCAGUCGUUCAUGGAGGCCAAAGAACCCGCCAUGCUGAGGGCGUUCACCUCUUUAUGCGUGGGAUCGUCUGGGACGCUUCAGAAGGGACAGGUGUUCGCUUCACUAGAAAAAGCCGGUCUGCCCGCAACAGAGAGCAACGUGCGGGCCAUGAUGCGGUUCCUAGAUGCGGACGAGUCCGGCCACGUGACCUAUGGGGACUUUCGGAACUUUCUGCUGCUGCUGCCGCCCGAACGGCUGCAGGGGAGCGACCCCAGCAUGGUGUGGUACGAUGCGGCCACCAUGGUUCCCAUGGCGCCGCCCGCUGCCACGUCAGCGCCAGCUGGCAGCGUGAUCAAAUCUGCGCUAGCCGGCGGGCUUGCCUCGGGAUUGUCGACCUGCCUCAUGCACCCCUUGGAUACUAUCAAGACGCGGGUACAAGCCUCCUCAGCCUCGCUUUCAGAGGUGGUGCGAUCCGUACCAUCCAUCGGCAUUCAGGGAUUGUACCGGGGGGCACCACCGGCCAUCCUGGGGCAGUUUGCAAGCCACGGGUUGCGCACGGGCGCGUACGAAGCUUCCAAGAUGCUUCUGACCAGCAUGCUGCCGAAUCUCACAGAGUACCAGAUCCAACCAGUGGCCUCUCUCUGCUCCACUGUGUUGGGAACGGCUCUCCGCAUUCCCUGUGAGGUGCUGAAGCAGCAGCUGCAGGCAGGGCUGUACAGCAGCACGGGGGCAGCGCUCAAGGCGACGCUCAAGGAGGGCGGCGUGAAAGGGCUGUUCCGAGGCACCACCGCCACGCUGUGCCGAGAAGUGCCCUUCUACGUGUUUGGCAUGCUCAUCUACCUGCAAGUCAAGCGGGUCACUCGUCAUGUGCUGUCACUCGCCAUGUGCUGCGCCGGGAGCUCGCCCCCUGGGAGACUUCCUGCUCGGCGGCUUCUCGGAUUCGACUGCUGUUUGAGAAUGUCACUUGCUUCCAUUCUUUCCCCAUCGCAGGUCACUCGCCAUGUGCUCCGCAGGGAGCUCGCCCCCUGGGAAACCCUUCUCCUGGGCGGCUUCUCGGGCGGCAUGGCAGCGAUCGCCAUCACGCCAUUCGACGUCAUCAAGACGCGCAUGAUGACGUCGCCGCCCGGGGUGGCAGCGGCCGGCAUGCUGACAGUUGGCGCGAACCUAUUGGCCACGAAGGGGGUGGGGGCACUGUAUAAAGGCUGGCUGCCACGGUUCUUCUGGAUCGCUCCCCUUGGAGCGAUGAACUUUGCUGGGUAUGAGCUAGCGAAGCAGGCGAUAGAUGAUGUGGGGGAGGAGGGGACAGAGGCGUAA